CAUGCGCACCAGAGCCUCCUCUGCCUGGCUGGGUUUCAGUCGUCGCCGAGGUAGCGCCGGGAGGCAGAGGAAGAGCUGCGGCAUCUACGCUUAACGGUCUCCAGGUUACAGCCGUCGCCCUCCGUGAAAAUGUCGCUGUAUCCUUCCCUGGAGGACUUAAAAGUAAACAAAUUAAUUCAGGCUCAGACAUCCUUUGCUUCAAACCCAGCAAUUCUAUCUGAAGCUUCGGCACCCAUCUCCCAAGAUGGAAAUUUAUAUCCUAAAUUAUAUCCUGAACUUUCCCAAUAUAUGGGUCUAAGUUUGAAUGAUGACGAAAUACAAAGAAACCUGUCAGUGAUUCCUGCAGCAAAUUCACAGGCGCUUGUUGCAAGACCUGCAUCAGAUUACAUGGUAGCUCCAGUAACUGGGAAUGAUGCUGGAAUUCGUCGAGCAGAAAUUAAGCAAGGGAUCCGUGAAGGGAUCUUGUGUAAAGAUCAGGAUGGAAAAAUUGGUCUUCGUCUUAAAUCAGUGGACAAUGGUAUAUUUGUUCAGCUGGUUCAGGCAAACUCUCCAGCCUCACUGGCUGGCCUGCGAUUUGGAGACCAGAUUCUGCAAAUCAGUGGUGAAAAUUGUGCUGGAUGGAGUUCUGAGAAAGCUCAUAAAAUUCUGAAACAAGCUCCUGCAGAGAGAAUUUCCAUGAUUAUUCGAGACAGGCCUUUUGAGCGGACUAUUACCAUGCACAAGGACAGUACAGGACAUGUUGGCUUUAUUUUCAAAAAUGGAAAAAUAACUUCAAUAGUAAAGGAUAGUUCUGCUGCAAGAAAUGGACUUCUUACUGAACACAACAUCUGUGAAAUUAAUGGGCAGAAUGUAAUUGGCCUGAAGGAUUCCCAGAUUGCAGACAUAUUAUCAACAGCUGGAAAUAUAGUGACCAUUACUAUCAUGCCUUCCCAAAUCUUUGAACACAUAAUAAAGAGGAUGGCUUCAAGUGUUAUGAAAAGCUUGAUGGAUCAUACUAUUCCUGAAGUCUAAAAUUUAUUUUGGAUGCAUUUGUAAUUGAAACACUGCUAAACAUGGGCUACUAUGACUCUGCAAUAUUUACAUUCUGCACAUGAGCCUUUCUUUGAUAUGAGAUGCUGCAUUGAGCAUUUAUAUUACAUUAUGGCUGGGAACGUCAGUUUAACAUAAAACCUUGUUCAAAUUUUGCAUUUUGUAUUCAUUAUGCUACUUUGACAAAACAUAUGCUUCUUUCAUAGGGUUAUACUGUGUAGGCCAGGAAAAUUUCUGUUAGUCAUUAAAAUAGAAGAAAACGUUCAUGCAAGUGUCUAGUAUUUGCUCUCUUUGAUCCAGAUAUACUGCUGCUCUUUGUACUUUUUCAGACAGAUUCAUUUUUGUACUGCAUCUAUCUGUGAGAAUAUUCAUAACUUAGUGUUAAUUAACUGGUUUUAGUAAUCUUGUUUACGGAAAGCAUGCUGGUUAAACUGAGCAUAGCUUGUAUUUAUCAUUCCAUAACUGUUUUAAAAUAAUAUGUAUAGAUAAAUUCGUCUUAUUGCUGUCGCACAGUCAUUCUAAUAUGCUUAUAUUUUGUUGCCUUAAUCCUCUUAAAACAGAAAUAAAGUUGCAAAUAUAUUCACUUCCUAAA